UUCUCACUCUUCUUCUGUUUUCCAGAUGAGUUUAAAGCCUUUCUCAAGAAAUUGCCAACGGAUCAUUUUUUAAACACCUCUGCCGUCUUAAAGUUCUGGACAUCAGAUCUGGUCUUGCAGAGACGUUAUGGUCUGCUGGAGGCAAGCACUAAAGUGGUGCUGGGAAAAGCCAUCAAGAUUGUCCGCAAACUCUUCGCUCUCAGCAAGCGCUGUCCUACACAGCCAAAGAUCAGCCUGCCUAGAGAAAGGACUCUGGGUUUUUGGCUCAACAAAGCUCAAUCUCUGUUGUACUGCAGCGAGCAUGGUGUGUACGGCUCCUUCUCUGAGGAAAUGCAUGGCUGCAUCUGUGCCGCAGAGCAACGUACUGUCUGCCAGGGCAACGUGCCAUGUAAGGUGGGUGAGGGGACCCUCUGCUCAUCCUGCGCCCCAGACAACAUCACCCGCUGUGGCACAUGCCUCCCAGGCAGCAUCCUCCAUAUGGGAUUCUGUCGCCCCAACAUUGCCAACUCUUUGGACCACUACGUAAACUUUGACUUUGACAUGCCGGACGCAGAAAUGCGUCACCUCCUCCAAAGGCUCGAUAGUCGCAUGGAGGUCCACGCUAUCUACAUCAGCAAUGAUGUGCGACUGGGCAGCUGGUUUAAUCCGGCGUGGAGAAAGCGCAUGCUGCUCACCCUCAAGAGCAACAAAAACAAGUCCAACCUUAUCCACAUGCUGAUGGGGAUCUCUUUCCAGAUCUGUUCCACCAAGAACAGCACGCUGGAACCUGUGCCUGCAAUCUAUGUCAACCCCUUCGGGGGCAGCCACUCUGAGAGCUGGUUUAUGCCCAUCAACCAGCAGGACUUCCCAGACUGGGAAAGAACUAAAUUGGAUGCCUCACUACAGUGCUAUAACUGGACCCUAGCUCUUGGCAGCAAGUGGAAGUCCUUCUUCGAAACGGUGCACAUUUACCUGCGCAGUCGCAUAAUUACAGAUGAUCCCACCGUCAAUGAGACACUUUUUUAUGAACCUCUGGACCUGGAGGAUCAUUCAGCCAACCUGGGCUACAUGAAAAUCAACAGCCUGAAGGUCUUUGGCUACAGCAUGCACUUUGACCCAGAGGGGAUCAAGGACCUGAUCCUGCAGUUAGACUACCCGUACACGGAAGGCUCGCAGGAUGCGGCCUUCCUGAUGCUUCUGGAGAUGAGGGACCGCAUUAACCGGCUCUCUCCUCCAGGAGCCCAGCCGCUGGACCUCUUCUCCUGCCUGCUGAGACACAGGCUCAAGCUUUCGUCCAGCGAGGUAGCCCGCAUACAGGAGGCGCUCCAGAGUUUCAACGCCAAGCUCCCCAACUCCACUGAGCCAGAACUCAGCCAGUUGUGCAGCUAGCUCAAAUGAGCCUCUGUGGCUGAUUUUGCCUGCCUGUGAGAAUGUAUUUGUUGUGUGAGAAUGUAUGUGGUGAGAGAGGAAGGGAAAAUAAAUAUAUUGUCAGUGUGCGUGUAAAUGUUUGUGGAUGAGAUUCUCUUUGAAUCCUCUUCCUUUGGGCAUCAAUUGUAAGAAGCAGAAUGUUUUGAUUGUGACUGAUACAGGAGUGUACCUUGGAAGCUGUAAGUUGCAAGGAUAUUCCUUUGCUGGGAAAACCUUGUUGGAGCUAGCAUACAGUCAAACUACUUAUUGUCUUGAGUAAGGGUUCCUUUUGAGAUGAUUGGGAUUAUGAAGUAGAUUGCCUCUGCAUGAUUCAUGAAAAGGAACAUUUUAAGUGAGAAUACAAAGCUACAAUUUCUUAGCACGUAUGUGCUAGUGUUGUAUUUAUUCUUGGUGAUAUCACUGUUCAGGAUGAAUCCGAAAAUCCGAUAAAGUGUUGGAGCACAGUGGUCCAAUGGUUAUAACAAUCAGCAAAGAUUCAAAUUUGUGCUUUUCUAUUUUAUCUGGAGUCGCAUCCUGUAUUGUGAGAUCUGUAUAUCUGUAUUUGAUGUGGGACUGAAUCGCCAGAAUGUUGGAUAGAAAUUCCUUUGUAUUCAGAGAUAUGGCUAAACCAAAAGGUAAUCAUGAAAGUAAACUGAAUGGCAUCAUUUCUUAUUUUAUAUAUAUAUAUACAUAUGUAUGUAUUAUUUUUUCUUUUUUGAGAAGGCAACCAAAAGGUUACAGAACAUACUUACAAUAUUGUUUUGAACAGGAUUGUGGGCCACUUUGUAAAUACUGCUCAUCUCUUUCAAGAUGUGAAAAGCAUCAUAUACCGAUAAACACCCAUAUUUGUACUUU